AUGGUCGCCGACUCCCUCAUCUACCACCCCUCGGUGGCCCACUACCUUAGAUUCGUAGCCACGACCGUCGGCCGCGACAAGCUCCUCCGUACAAUCCAAUACUUCUCACGCUUCUACGCCUGGUACCUCUUCCGCACCAACGGCACGCCCAGCGAGAUCGCCCCCUUCGAAGCCAUCAAGAAACAGUUUGGACUCGCCCGCAAACUGAUGCGCGUGGGCAAGAACGUCGAGCACUUCAAAGCUGCGGCCACCGCCGCCGACUCCAAGAGCCUCGACCCCAUCAUAAAGUAUUGCGCCGUUGGCCGCCAGCUGGGAUACGCUGGAUACCUGUCGCUGGAUGCGGUGACGUACCUGGACGCUGCGGGCAUCAGGAAGAGCCCGACCACGCAGAGGCUGGCGAGGGAGGCGUAUCGGUUCUGGAUGAUUGGGCUGCUUUUCAGUGCUGUGAGCGGGAGCUACUCGCUGUAUAAUUUGAGGCAGCAGCAGAGGAGGAUUAGCAAGGAGGAUGGCGAGGGCGUGGUGGCUGCUAAGAGGAUUGAGAAGGAGGGAGCUGCUAUCAAACUCCAACUUGUUUCCGACAUCUGCGAUCUCACUAUCCCUACAUCGGCUAUUGGCAUAACGAACUUUGAUGAUGGAUUUGUCGGUUUGGCUGGAACAGUGAGCAGUUUGAUUGGUGUUUACUCGACUUGGAAGAAGACGGCGUAG